AUGUCCGCUCCGCCCACCCCCGUAUUGUCUCCUGCCGCGGCAGCCGCGCUGCACACUUCCGUCACCGCCUCCCUCACGGGACUCAUGUUGCAGACUCUCCUGUUCGGCGCACUGCUCAUUGUGCACAUUUCUGGCUUGUGGGAGAUCUGGCUGAAGCUGCGGAGCUUCCGCGCGCUUACUAGCCGAGACCAAGUCUUCCUCUCGGCGAGCACGAGCUUGUUCGUCUUUUCCGUCAUACACCUCGGUCUCGAUGUGCACAUUGCCGUCGCUAGUGGGAUCACAAGGGGAGCCAGCAUGCAGGCACUUAUUCGCGGCAUUGGCUCGCUCAAUGGUCCUACUGCGUUUGGUUCUUGUAAGAUAGCGUUAUAUGUCUUGCAGCUUAUGAUAGCGGACGCAUUCAUGAUUUACAGAGGGUACAUCGUUUGGAAUCGGUCAUGGAAGCUCAUCGUCGUGCCUAUGUUGUUGCUGGGAACAGAAACAGCGUUGGGAUUCGUGAGCGUAGGUCUAGGGCAAGCCGGAGUGAGCCCAGCCAUCCUGAAGAAGGUCAUGAAGAUCUACUUCUGCACCACAGUCGUCGCAAGCGUAUUCUCCACAGCGCUUGUCCUGACGCCAGUCUUCAUCUCACGCCGUCGAGUGCGUGGGUACGCCCCAGACGCCUCCGGCCUCCGCGCCGUCAAGUGGCGCGUUAUGUCCUCCGUCCUGCAGUCGGCCACCAUCUUCACCAUCUCCGCGCUCGCGUUCACCGUCACGUACUUCGUGUCUCCCGUCGGCUACGCGAUUUGCCACUCCAUCUUUCACUCGGCGUCCGCCCUCGUCUUCUCCGCCACCAUCACCCGGAUCGUGCUCAGCUCGAACGCGCCGGAACCCCCGCCACGCCGGCGUUCGACCUUCGAUCCGUCCCCAUACGGACCGCACAGCCAGUCGUGUCCCAGCCUCGUCCUGCCCGCCCGGGAGGACGGAGAGGCGGGCGGGCGAGGCCCGAUCUCCGUCCACGUGUCCGUGUCGACGAUGCAUGCGUCUGAUAGGGGCAGCGUGGCGAGCGGGAUGGAGGGGGAGGUGUCGGAGAAGGAGGGUGGGGGAUUGCUGGUGGGGUCUGCGAAUGACGAUGCAACUGUGCGGGAGCAAUCAGUGCUCACUGUGACCGCCGUGGGUUUGUUGUUGGAAACGCUCAUCUUCGGGGCACUUCUGGUCGUGCACAUUGCUGGGCUGGGAGAGGUUUUGCGGAAGACGAGGUGGUCAAACGCGCUCACGUCCCGCGACAAGGUGUUCCUCAUCGCAAGUACAAUCUUGUUCGUGUUUGCGGCAGUGCACCUCGCUCUCAACACACAUAUUGCCGUUGUCAGCGGGAUCGCAAGGGGCGCAGAUAUUCAGACCAUUGUGCGGGGCAUUUCUACCCUCAAUGGACCGACGAACUCUAUCGGGGCUGUGAAGACUGUACUCUACGUCUCUCAGAUGUUCGUGGGAGACACCUUUCUGGUCUACAGGGCCUUCAUCGUAUGGAAUCGCUCGUGGAAAGUGGUCGCGGUGCCCGCGUUUCUCCUCACCGCCGAGCUUGUUCUCGGAUACAUGGGCGCCGCGCUGGGCAGGUUCCACGUCGAGCCGCAUGUGGCAACCUCGUUCCUCAAGACAUACUUUUGCACCACGGUGGCAACGAACGUCAUCACCACCGCGCUCAUCAUGGUACCCAUCCUGUUCCCGAGCCGCCAUGCCCGAAGCCGCCGAGUCCUGGGCUCCGGGCUCCGGGCUGUCAAGUGGCGCGUCGCGGCCUCAAUCCUGCAGUCCGCUGCGGUCUUUACGCUCGCGUCGGCGUCCUUCACCGCGACGUACUUCGCGAACUCGGUCGGGUACAGUAUGUGCCACUCGCUGUUCCAGUCCACCUCGGCACUCGUGUUCUCCGUAACCAUCACCCGCAUGGUCUUGAGCUCCGGCGCGGGCGAACGUCCGCGGCCCUCGGCGUUCGAGCCAUCCCCGCUGCACGGGCUCCCGCACAGCCAGUCGUGCCCCAGCCUAUCGCUGCCAGGCACAGAGGAGAACGGUGGGAUGGGCGCGGGUCCCAUCGCCAUCCACGUCUCCAUCACCACUAUGCACAGCGGAGGUCCAGAGAGCGGGGCGUUCCGCUCCGACAAGGACGGCGACAGCACCGUCACCGCUGUCGUUCCCGUUCGGCAGGGCCUCCUGCUCGAUCACGAGAAAUGCUGGUAG